CGUGUCUGGCAUACUCGCCGGCUCUUCUGAAACCGCGUGGGGCGCCCUAGCACGGGGGUGGCUUUCUAGCUUCCUGAUGAUAGACAUCAAGUUUCUAUCUCUAUCACACCAGAAAAGCUUAUCAAAUCUUAACAUGCUUGGAAAUGCUGAUCCAGUUUCUUCGCAGAUUGCGCGCUGGAAGAUAGUCUACUGCUUGCUUGAGGAUGGCAUUUUAACUGAGCACGCAAAUAAUAUUUUACAGGGCCAAUGUCUUCCCUUGACCUUGCUGAUAAGUAAUACUGCUUUAAAUUAUCAAAUAAGAAAGGAACCAUUGGUAUGUAAAACCGGAUGGAUUAUUUCCCAUUAUAAAUUGCUGGUACCAGGCCCUACGUGGCACACGCUACUGCCAGUAAGAAAACAACUGUACGGUUAA